AUGGCGGGGAUGGCACUGCCCCUCUGCCUGAUCCUCGCUGCUGCCCUGCAGGGCGGCCUGACCCGGGCCCCGGCGCCCCUGGCCCGCCCCGGCCCCCUGCUCCUGCGGCUGCGGCGUCUGGAGGAGCAGUUUCUCCGGCUCCAGGAACUGACAGUGAACCAUCUCCAGAGCAUCGCCAGCAACUACAACAUCUCCUACAACAUCGAUGGACGUUUCCAGGCUCUGGCCGAGCAGGCGGAGGCGGCCGACGCUGCCCGGGCCGCCCUGGGUGCCGAGCUGGCCCGCCUGGCCACUGCUGGCCGGCGGCUACGCCGCAGGCUGAAGAGGCUGGAGGGGACGGUGGGUGCCCUGAGCCCCCCACAGCCCCUGCUCACCCACCCCCCGGCCGCGCUGGUGGAGGCUGGCACCAACCCGCACGGUGUGCCAGACACCGCCCGGAGCCGGGGCAGGCGGCCGGAGCAGCAGCCCCCGGGCCAGGCUGUCCUCAGCACCCCCAGCCCUCGCCCCCCGAAGACGCGGCGGUGGCAGCAGCACCGGCAGGAGGAAGGGCACUGGCUGCCCGCUGCUGCCGGGCCUGGGGGAGCGCCCCGGGAGGAUGAGGAGAGCCCUGAGGAUGCAGCACCAGCACCCCCGACCGUGGCAUCGAUGCUCCCCACCACGGCUCCCCAGGAGCAGCCCCCAGCCCCCCGGCAGCCGGGACAGGGCAGGCACAGCCCCCCCGCCCCGGUGCCCGCCUCCCCCGCCUGUCGCACCGGAGCCGUCCUGCUCUUCCCCGACCCCUCCGCUGGGCACGGGGCCGUCCUGGGGCUGGGCCCGCACCGGGGGCUGCGGUCGGUGUCGCUCUGUGCCUGGCUGGCCACCCCAGCCCCUCGCCUCGGGGCUCUCCUCUCCUACGCCACCGGGGACUGGCACAGCGAGCUGGCCGUGCUUGGCCACGGUGGGGAUCGCCCCGGCUCUGCACGGUUCAUCCUGGGGCACGGGCAGUUUCGGGAGCUGCCGGUGGCGCCGCUCCUGGAUGGCAAAUGGCACCACCUGUGCCUCACCUGGUCCUCGGGCCAGGGCCGGUACCGCUUCUACGUGGACAGGAGACUGCUGGCUGCCGGCUCCGGCUUCCAGCAGGGCUAUGGAAUCCCCGCUGGUGGCUCGCUGGUGCUGGGCUGGGGGCAGCACGGCCCCAACAUGGACCUGGGCACUGCAGAAGCUUUUGUGGGUCACCUGGCUGGCUUCGCUCUCUGGAGACGGGCUCUCCUGCCCGGGGAGGUGGCCAGAAUGGCGACAGGGCGGGGGCUGCCCCGCGGCCCCCUCCUCACGCUGGCCGAUGCCUCCUUGCGGGGCGGGGUGCGGAGGGUGGCGUGUCCGUGCCUCCAGCGCUGCCUCUGA